GUCGCGUUUACAGCGUCUCAGAAAAAUAGCUGCUAAUAGCAUUUGUAGUCAUGCGAGCAAACUUCGUCAGUUUAAAAGAGACGACCACUUUUUUGGUCUUCUUCAAACCAGCACUGUUCCAAAUAUGAAAAACGUCACAAAAUAAGGGAGGAGAUGCAACCAGCGCUCAGGUGGACUAUCGCCAUCUCGUGGUUGUUCGAGUUAAAGCCUAAACCACAACUACUUGUACGGUUACAAGAAAACAAUGAGUGUGGUAAGCCCAGGGGUUUCUAUGGCAACGAAAAACAUUCGCACAUAGGUUCUUCUUCACGCUCAGCCCUCUGGAAACUUUCUUAAAGUUUGUGUUAUUUUUUUUUAUGAACAAAACCCUUUUUUUCUGAGAGUCAUUCUAUGUACGGACGAUCAACAGGAAGAAGAAAUGAGGGCAUCACGGGUAGCUUCUGAGGUGAAGGAAGUCAAGGAGAAGCAGACUCUUCAAAUUGUUACCAAAGACCUCAUUCGCAAUCUCAGGGUUCCACGCAGAGAUCCCUCUGGACAGUCCAUCAUUUUGCCGUCAGAUGACUUUGAGCAGAUCACCUCAAGGUCCAAGCGUCUCUCCAAGGAGGAGCAGGAGGCCUUGAAGGCAGCCAAUGAGAGGAGGAAAGAGGAGGAGAUGAGUGCGGCCCAGCAAAGGAAGUGUCAGAUGUUGGAGGCAGACGUGUCCCGUCAGGAGAAGCAGGCUUUGAGCGAAGUGGAGAUGGAGGCCCACGAGCGUGCACAGUGCUUGUUGGAGCGCGCCGACGCCCUGAGAAUGGAGCAGGAGGAGGAGAUUAAAGAACUUAACAAGGUGAUUCUCGGUGCUCAGUGCCAAGCCACGCGUGACGCCCAGAUUCAGGAGAAGAGACAGAUCCAGCUGGAAAUGCUGGAGGAGCAAAAGCGUCUUGAUGCCAUGAUGGAAGUGGAGCGUCGCAGGCUUCUGGAGAAGAUGGAGCAGAUUGAUGAGCAGCACAAGCGAGAGAGGAUCCGUGGGAAGCAGCAAAUCUUUGAGCAGAUCAAGCAGCGUCUGGAAGAGAAGCUGGUGCAAGAUGAGCUGAAGGAGCAGGAGAAACAUCACGUCAGAGAGAAGCAAGCCAGAAUGAACCUGCAGGACCUUAUGGCGCUGCAGAAGAAGAGGGAGGAACAACAGCGUCUGCAUCAGGAGGUCAUGCGCAUCAAUGCUGAGACGCUGAGGGCACAGGAGCGGAGGAGGGAGGAGGAGAAGCUGGCAGACAAGAGAGAAAUGGAAUUUGUCAAAAACAAACUGCAACGUGAGGCUGAGUAUGAAGCAGAGCAGAGGAGGCUCAAGAAGGAGAAGGAGGUCGAGAUCGCCUGGCUGCGGGCUCAGCAGGAGCGAGCCAGAGACCACAAGGCAGACCAGGAUGAGCUGCAAGCGAGGAGGAACCAAGAAAUGGCGGACAGAGAAUGGAGGAGGAAGCAGAAGGAGCUGGCUGCCAAGAGGGUGCAGGAGGAGGCCACGCUGAGGGCCGCUCGCUCGGAGCAGGUUCAACGCAAAGAGCACCUUCUGUCCAUGGAGGCUGGCCGAGAGAAGGCCGACUUUGAGAGGGUCCUUAAGGUGCAACAGGAAGCCAGCGUCAAACAGCAGGAAGAGGAUGAAAAGCAGCGUCAGAGAGCGCUCCGCCACGCGGAGGCCGUCAGGAAGCAGGUGCAGGAGAUGGAGCGGUUGGCCACAGCCAAGCGUGAGGAAAGCUUCAAGGAGGCACAGCAAGUAAACACGGAGGCCCAGCGGAGACGCAAACGCAUCAACGAGAUCAAACAGAGGAAGCUGAAGGAGCUCAAGGCGACCGGACUCAGCGACAAAUACUGCAGUGAAGUGGAAAGGAAGGCCUGGCUGCUUUGAUGGCCGGAGAGGACCUCCUGCAUGUACCCGAUAGGACAGCCCACAUUCUAGAAAUAAUAUGAAACAGGAAACUCAACAAAAUA